UUUGGGGCGGGCGUCCCAGUGUACAGUGUUAGGGAGCAUUCGAGGGAGAAUUAUGUGAAAGUUAAGAAGGAAAAACGCCAAAACAAACAUCUUUUUCGCAAACUGUAAGUGUAUUAAUGCUUGGAAACUUUGAAUAUGAACGAUCAGCUCAUAUCACUUAACGGUUUAGACACAGAGCGUCUAAAACCUGACGGUUCUACAAACAACGUCCAGAAUAAAAAUAUGGGCGCUCGCGAGCGCGGCAGGGAUGUCUCGUCGUCGGAAAAGAGCCCCGAAGGGAUCGAUAGUAAUCAAGAGGGCAAGGCGAAAACGGAUUCGGACAGCGGGAAGCGAUCGCACGACAGCAUGAGCGGCGACGAGAACGACCCUCACGGAAGCAACAAGAAGAAGAAGCACCGCAGGAAGGCAGCAGGAAACCGGCGCCGCUGGAAGCCUUUCGAGAAGAUGUCGUGGACCGAGCGCAAAGAGCUCGAGGAACGCCAAUCGAAGCGCGCCGAGCAAGUUCGCGAGGAGCGCUUCCACAAGGGCCAGCCGAUGGCGCCGUUCAACACGACGCAGUUCGUGAUGGCCGACCACAACGAGCCGGAGCCGGAUCUCAACGGCAUCCUUCAUCACCCGCACCACCGGCACCGCGAGGCGAGCGGCAGCAGCAUCGGCGACGACGCUGCAACCGAACCGGACGCGCCGCUGCUCGUCGCCGCCGACGACGACGACGCCGACUUCUACAGCUCUCCGUCGGACGAGGAGGAGUUUCUUGAGCGCGACUUCUCGGAGGAGUACGAGACCGUGCACGCCGAGCGCUUGGAGAGCAUGAGCAAGGAGGAGCUGGUGCAGGACUACCUGCAGAUGGAAGCAAAGCUGGAGACGCUGCAUCGCGCCGUCGCGCCGCGGCCCGACUCGACCGAGCAGAGGCUCAACGAGAUCAACGUGCUCCGGUCGGAGAUCGAGCGGCUGCGGGACGACAACGAGAAGCUGCUGCGGGAGAACAACGCGCUGCGGAAGACGUGCGGCGGCGGCGGCGGCGGGGGAGCGGGCGACGCCGAGAUGGCGUUGGAGCGCCCCCUUGAUCGGACGCUCGGAAGUUGCUCGGAAGUUGCCGUGUGACUCGUAACCCGCCCCGCUGCGCGUUCGUUGUACAGACUGCCGUCGUCGUCGUCGUCGUCGUGGCGUGCGGGCGAUCCCGCGGGAUUUUUGCGCGCGUCCGCCGCCUCAUUCACCGUCAUCCUCAUCAUCUUUUGUAUCGAUUGUCUCGUGUAUGAUAUAGUAUCGCCGCGUUCGUUGCGAGCGCGAAAUUGUUUGCAUGGCCCUCGUUUGCUCUCGACGAAGGAUAACACACUUGAUCGCGACAAGGUAUGUGUAAGGUUGGUGCUGUUUUUUGUUGUACUGUACGGCCAAGAACAUAUUUUCCAGUCUACACGCUCAGAAGAGUUUAAAAUCUCGAGCGUGGCGUUUGCCCAUUUUGGGUGCGAGAAGGAAAAUGUUUACAACUUGUCGCAAUUCAAGUGUGUUUCCGCUUCCAUUGCUUGAAGAUUGAUUGAUUGAAAAUUGAAGACAUGUUAUGAUGAAAUUGAAUUGUGAAUGCUUCGGGAAACGCGUGUAGCCAGCCAGUUUGGGUUUCUUGUAAAGUUAAUCGCCACCUCGCAACAUGUUUAAUUAAAAGCAUGUUCUCCGGGUGACAAGUUUUAAGCGAAAGCCUCCACUAGGUGGCAGCGCAACCCCAUUUCGAAGCCGAUACUGGUGCUACGCGCAAACGGAACUAGGCAUGCCCGUAUCUAACAAGCUGUGGACGAGAGCAGCUGCCUAUUUAGUCGAUGACGAAGGCAUCGUCUUGUUCAGUGCUUUCGGAGAUGUGAUUACUACGUGGCAAAAAAAUUAAUUGCGUAAUUUAACUGUAAUGUGGCCGGAUUUGGCAUCGUAGCUUUACUCUCACAUGUAGACUAGUAUAUAAAAUUGUUCGUGUGUACGCAAACACGAAACGCUGCGAAACGCGACAAAAGUAUCGGGUGUUCCUUUCUCCAAAAGUCCCGUGUAACUUUGUGGUUCUUAGUCGCCGCUUGGUGACGCGUAAGCACUAUCUCGCACGCAUUGUCAUCCGGGCAACCGCCACGGUGCGUGACGUAAUAAUAACCAUGGACAAUGCGUCGUUGAAAACAAAAUUCUUCGAUGAUUUUCAAUGAACUCCCCGUAUUUUUGAAUUCUCGUAAUUCGAAGCGUCGUGUGUAUUGUCGUCCGUCGGUCGUCUGCUACGCUGCCACGUAUAUUAUUAUUAUUAUUAUUAUCAUGAGCGUUCAAAUGCAGAGGAUCGAACGAACGAGGGUCAUGCAUGUCAGAUAAGGUCAGGGUUGUCAGACGCCAUUUGUGCAGUUUUCAGCAUUACCGCCUUGCCGAUAUUUUGCAAGGGGCACGCGCGCGCGUUCUUUUGAACGGUCGCGUUUGAAUGUAUGAAAGCGUUUUUUGUUUUAUUUUGUACAUUUUAUUUACACGAGCGUUAAUUGUACUUUGGCUUUUGUAUGUAAUUCGACAAAAUGUUAAUGAAAAAAAAAUAUGGAGGAUUUUUGCCGUGCCAAAGAAACGGAGCGAGCGAGUUGUGAGGCUCCGUUAUUGAUAUGAAACUGUGACAGGUGUUCUGACAGCCCCAAUAAUUCGUCUAUGGAAAUGCACACGUACACGUCUCAUCUUGCGCCUUCUCAUCGUCAUUGAGACACUAUUACACACAUACGUCGGCAUUUCAGUAUUGGAAUGUAAUUAUUUUUUACUAUUAUUUUUAACUAUAAAAUAUCCAUUUUGUAUACAAGUUA